AUGUAUUAUAGGGACCCAAGUAGCUUAAACCUUAAAUCAGAUUGUGAGGGACUUGCAGGGAAUUGGGGAAGUGGGGCUAUGUCAGUUGGGCAAUCAUUAGUAUUGGACUGUGAGAAGGGAGAGCUAGUGAAAACUUUAGGCAAAACAGGGAAGAAGAGGGGUGUUUCAGAGGCGAAAACAGUUGCCGCUUUGAAGAGCCAUAGCGAGGCUGAGAGGAGGAGGAGAGAGAGGAUUAAUGCUCAUUUGGUGACGCUUCGAGGUCUUGUACCUGGGGAAGAAAAGAUGGACAAAGCUACAUUACUUGCGGAAGUUAUCAGCCAAGUGAAACAAUUGAAGAAAACCGCAAAACAAGCCAGUGAAGAUCUACACAUUCCAACAGAUUCAGAUGAAGUUAAAGUUGAAGAACUUGAUGAGGAUGCAGUAGAUGGAUCUUUCUCCUUUAGGGCUUCUAUUUGUUGUCAUUACAGGCCGGAUCUCCUGUCUGAUACAAGGCAGUGUCUCAAUGUGCUUCCUGUAGAUUUGGCAAAUGUCGAGAUCUCUACUCUGGAAGGUCGGGUGAAGAUUGUGUUCUUAUUGACUGGCAGAAGAGACAACAUGAAUAACAGUGCUGAAGCUCGGGAGCUUACAGCGAGUUCUAUUCACGGGGCUUUGAGUUGUGUAGUGGAUCAGUCGUCUGCGUCAGAAGAAUUAUCUCAACUCAUGCUUCCACACAAGAGGCGAAGGGUUAGCUAUCUCGACUAG